UCGAUUAAAACUGCAUUCUAUAAUGGAAAAUUCAAAAUGGCUGGAACCAGUGCUUCGAUACUUGAGAGCAGGUACAAGAUUUCAACUCUCCGAACGUUGUCCAUCGAUUCGUCCUCUGGAGAAGAACACCGUGCUGCACAUCAAACUGCUGCAGCUUUGUCAAGAUGCAGUUAAUAUCGACGACAGUCUGCUCUACGAGAUAUCGGUUGUUGAGGAUCAUGUACACCCCAUAGGAUUAGAUUUGGAUGAACAUUGCUCAAUUGAUAUGGAUAUCCAAGUCGAGCAAAAACAAAAUGAGAUAUUGAUUGAUAAUCGGAGUGAGGAGCUAGCACGCGCGAAUAUUGAUUACGAACAGAAUCUUAUCACUCGGGAGAAGCGGAGAAUUGCAAACUUGCCAAAUGAAGAAGAACGGGUAAAACCUCGUGCUGCUCUUGAUAGAAGAACAAUGAUCCACCAGAUGAAAUCUCUUCGGCUGAUCUCUAGUAUAACUAAUAUUCCACCUCUUACCGUCGGCCUAAACCCCAUCGAGCAUCACAUGAGUUUUUCUAUACACAGAACUAAAUCUGGCAAUGACGGAUACUUAGUUAAAAUUACCACUAUCCACGAAGAACGGCUAACCUACGAUAAGAAACUUCACGAUGCUCAGUUCUACAUCCUUGAGAAGCUGUUUGGGGGAAGAAGCUGCAUCAAUGUCCUCACACUGAGUAUUGACUCCAUUGGCAUUCUCCGUAUACCUUCCAACUUGAAUUUGAAGUUUCAAGGUUUGGACUGCUAUGAAUAUGAGCCUGACAACAUUUUGAAAGCGCUUCGUCCGUUUCUUACACCAUCAGUCCUUCCACUGAAAACUUUGCAAAUCUGUUCAGUUCCAGAAAUGCCACACCCAAUUGUCGAAAGUGCUGAGGAACUGACGCUUAUAACAAAGGACAGGUUGAUAACGCUGACCAACUUGAAAGUCACUGUCUUGAGCUAUGAUAUGAAGUCAGUAGAAGAGCCCGCGGAGCUUAUCAAAAAAUGGUUGAGAGACGGAAAACAGAUUGGAACUGUGUUCACACUCUCAAGCUUUAAAGAAAUUAAAUCAAAAAUACUGUUAGAUGAUGUGAAGAGGAGAUUCAAGGAAAAAAUCGUUCGAGUAGAAGAAUCAAACGGGGAUCUCACCAGUGUCACCCUAUCGAUGAACGACUCUGCGGAGCUAGUGAUCCAACGCGAUCUAGUUCAAAAUACUUGGAAAGUGAUUUUAAAGGUGCAAUCAAGUCGCGAAGAAGAAAUAUGAUACUAUAUGUAUUGGGUUUUAUAAAAUAAAGUUUCGAUUAAUUU